AGUCUUGGAAAUGAUUUUGUAGAUGACGUUGCAUAAACUUAUUGGUCUAAAAUCUCCCAUACCGUUUGGAACCUUAAUCUUAGGAAUUAAUGUGAUGAGUGAAUGAUUAAAGGAUUCCAUACUACAUCCAUCAUUGAGAAAGCAUAUAGGGUACUUUUUAAUUUAUAAUAACAAGUAUUUUACUAAAAUUAAAUAAAUAAAUAAAUAAAAACUAGUCUAAAAUUCUCUUUUUAUGUUUCUUUUAUGUAAUUAAAUAAGAUUUUUCUUUAUAUUUAGGAACCGUCAUCAAAAACGGUUCCGUUUCAAACGAUAAAACCCAUUUUAAAUGAAGGAUUCGUGCCUCUUCACUUUCUCAUCCACGUACGUUGCAUUAUAUAAUCAUAUAUAUAUACCCAAAUAAAAAUGUAUAUUACAUGUAUAUAAAUACAUUGCUAAACUAUAAUCUCAUAUAAUCAUCAAAUCAAAGAUUCAAAUAUGCCUACUUCCUCUUUCUUCUUCUCAAUCAUCCUCUACGUCUUCCUCCUCCUCAUCUCUCUCUCCACUUUCACCGAUGGCACUGAACUUAUUUUAGUGAACAACUGCAAGGAAAGCAUAUGGCCGGGACUACUAGCCACGGAGGGCCACCCAACUCCAAACGGCGGCGGAUUCCUCCUCAAGAGCGGUGAAGAGCAAGCCCUUCAACUCCCGGACAACUGGUCAGGUAGAAUCUGGCCAAGACAAGGCUGUUGUUUCGAUCCAACAACUGGAAGAGGUGAAUGCCAAACAGGAGACUGCGCCGGCCUCCUCCAAUGCUCCGGCACCGGCGGCAAACCUCCGACGACAGUCAUUGAAAUGACGUUGGGGACACCGAGUUCAGAUCUGCACUACUAUGACGUUAGUCUUGUGGAUGGAUUCAACGUGCCGGUGUCGAUGAGGCCGGUCGGAGGUGGCGGCGGAAGUUGCGGGGUUGCUGGUUGCGAGGCUGACCUGAAUGAGUGUUGUCCGAAGGCUCUGAGGGUGGCGCGUGGAGGGAAAGUGGUGGCGUGCAAGAGUGCUUGCGUGGCGGCGAAUUGGUCGGACAGGUACUGUUGUAGAGGGGAGUUUGGAAAUGCGGAGCGUUGUAAGCCGACGGUUUAUAACCGUUUGUUUAAGGCUAUUUGCCCGAGAGCUUACAGUUAUCCGUAUGAUGAGUCAACGGGUCUUAAUUCUUGUACGGCUUCUCCUUAUGUCAUUACAUUUUGCCCACCUAUAACUACUCCUUCCUAAUUAAUAUAAAGUUUUUUUUUUCCUUUUUUAAGUUUUGGUUAUAUUUUGGAUUAAUUAUAUUUUCAUAUUUUAAUUUGAAAAUUUUAU